AUGGCAGACAAGAGACGCCCUUCGAAGAGGAUUAAGACAUCCCAUGGAACUUUACAAGAUGGUUACGAUAGCACUUUAAAAGAUGCUAACACCUUAGCAUCCCUGAGGAGAUCUAUAACGCCCCCUUUACGGCAGCCUACAGGUCAACCUAGCACAUCCGGCCCGUAUAUAUCGCAAGUAAAUGCCCCUAUAUCCUCGAGGGUCAUCCCGUCUCCAAUCCAGCUCACCCAUAUCCGCGAUUUCUCUGCAUCGUCAGGCUACAAUACCGAUUCUGUAAAGUUGAGGGACAUUCUCGGGGAUCCUCUCAUCAAAGAAUGCUGGCAGUUCAAUUACAUGUUUGACGUUGACUUUCUUAUGAGCCAGUUUGACGAAGAUGUGCGGGAUUUGGUCAAGGUGAAAAUUAUACAUGGUUCUUGGAAACGGGAAUCUCCCAAUCGAAUUCGCGUCGAUGAAGCCUGCCGCCGGUAUCCCAAUGUUGAGCCGAUAGUCGCCUAUAUGCCAGAGCCGUUUGGGACACAUCAUUCGAAAAUGAUGAUUCUCAUCCGGCAUGAUGACCAAGCGCAGGUUGUCAUUCACACAGCAAACAUGAUUGCUGGGGAUUGGGCGAAUAUGUGUCAAGCAGUAUGGCGAUCCCCGCUGCUUCCAAUGCGACCCGAAAUGGAAAAUGGACAUUCUUAUGCGACCUUGGACGGUGUCAGAAGAGGAAAUCGAUUCAAAAGGGAUUUACUAGCCUAUCUCGAGGCAUAUGGCAAUAAAAAGACCGGCCCCCUAGUCGAUCAAUUAGAAAAAUAUGAUUUUGGCGCCGUUCGAGCUGGUUUGAUCGCCAGCGUCCCAACUAGACAAGCAAUCGACGAACUCGAUUCGGAAAAACAAACCUUGUGGGGCUGGCCUGCACUGAAGGACGCAAUUCAACAAAUCCCUCUUGGUGGGGGGAACAAUACUGUGGGGAAGAAGCCUCAAAUAAUCAUCCAGAUAUCUUCAGUGGCAACGCUAGGACAAACCGACAAAUGGCUAAAGGAGACGUUUUUCGCCGCUCUCUCACCAUCACGACCCAGGGCUUCGAACUUGUUUAACCCCAAAACAGACCCUCCUACCAAAUUUUCAAUCAUAUUUCCUACCCCAGAUGAAAUCCGCAGAUCAUUGAAUGGCUACGCAUCCGGCGGGUCUAUCCAUAUGAAACUCCAGAGUGCUGCGCAGCGAAAACAACUUGAGUAUUUGCGUCCAUAUCUAUGUCGUUGGGCUGGAGACACAGGCGAUGGCAGUGACAUAUCUGCAAAACACCCAAUUAACUCCGGACAAGAGCGGUGUGAUAGCAAGGAUGCCAAUGAAUCAGUUCAAAAAUACGUCACCACUGGUAAAAACAGCCAGCCAAUUCGAAAUGCAGGGCGUCGCAGAGCAGCACCGCACAUAAAAACAUACAUCCGGUUUUCGGAUGCUGACCUAGCUACUAUCGACUGGGCAAUGGUAACCUCUGCAAACCUUUCGGUGCAAGCAUGGGGCGCUGCUGCGAAUGGGAAAAAAGAGAUAAGGAUAUGUAGUUGGGAAAUAGGUGUGUUGGUUUGGCCUGACUUAUUCAUCGACAGAGAGGUGGAAAAGGAUGGUGGUGGAAGUGGGCAGAACGAGAAGGGGAAGGGGAAGGAGCUGCCACGUCAUGAUGGUGAUAAGGAUAAUGGCUACAACAAACCAGCCGCAGUAAUGUUGCCAUGCUUUAAGCAAGACAUGCCUGAAGUGCCAGAAAACAAUGGUUCUGGUGCAUCUACUACUUCUACGUUCGUGGGGUUUCCCCUGAAUUCUACACUCCUUGAGGUGGAGCGAAAUCACGAUAAGAGUUGA